UGAUUGAUUGUACCAUUUUGUUUCCAUCAGAACUUCUCUACUAUAAAAGCAUCUAGCAAAACACUACUUUCAGUCACUGCAAAAGUUUUUUUCGGCAUAAUGUUAAGCUUAAAAAUUACUGUCGGUUUUUUCCUGAUUGCAUCUUUAGCUUGCCAGGCAAAGUUUACCAACAGCCAGAAACGCAUUUUACAUUCCCAUUUUGCCGAAUGCGCUGCGGACCUAGGUAUCAGAAAUUUCACCGGAUUGGAAGUGCUCGCAUUUUCCGGCCGCCAGACGACUCCGGAGCUGAAUUUCUGCACUUUGCACCGGAUGGAUUUGAUCAGCUGUGACGGGACGGUACACGAGGAAAACUUUUUCGCGUUCAUCGCCGAUGGCCACAACAACAUGGAGCAACUUCCGGCCGUGUUGAAGGGCUGCGUGGACGUCGUCAACGGCACUCCGGUGGAGCGGGCCUUCCAGCUGUACCGGUGCAUGUUUGCGCAGCACAAGUUUGAAGUGUGAAAAAUGUCCAGUGAAAAGAUGUUUUUUUUAAAAUAAAGUAAUGAGGAAAUA